GGCACUCGCGUGGGCCACCUAAGAUGACGGCGUUGUUCCCCCCGACGAAGGACCCACAAACGGCGGCUACAUCGUCGGUUUCCCCCGGGGCGUCGCACAGAAACCCGUCUGCGUAAAUGAAACGUUAUCCGUCUGAAAUCUAAAUCAUCUCCACAAACAAACCGGUUCGAGAGCCGGGCUAAGUGCUCUGUUCAGCAGCCCCUGAUCAAAGCCUUGUGGUGUGUGUGUGUGGGGGGGGAGGAGAGGGGAAGCCAUGUUUCUGUACAACAUCACCCUGCAGCGUGCCACGGGCAUCACUCAUGCCAUCCAUGGAAACUUCUCAGGAACCAAGAUGCAGGAGAUUGUCGUUUCCAGGGGAAAGAUCUUGGAAAUAUUGCGGCCAGAUGCCAACACAGGAAAGGUGCACACUCUGCUCACGGUGGAGGUGUUUGGCAUCGUUCGGUCCCUGAUGGCCUUCAGACUCACAGGAGGAACCAAAGACUACAUUGUUGUUGGAAGUGACAGUGGUCGUAUUGUCAUCCUGGAAUAUCAUCCAUCCAAGAACAUGUUCGAGAAGAUCCACCAGGAAACCUUUGGAAAGAGCGGCUGCCGGCGUAUCGUCCCCGGACAGUUCCUGGCCGUCGACCCAAAAGGCAGAGCUGUUAUGAUAGGAGCGAUAGAGAAACAGAAGCUGGUUUACAUCCUGAACAGAGACGCAGCUGCUAGACUGACCAUCUCCUCUCCACUGGAAGCACACAAAGCAAACACGCUCGUCUACCACGUAGUAGGAGUCGAUGUCGGCUUUGAAAAUCCCAUGUUUGCCUGCCUGGAAAUGGAUUACGAGGAAGCUGACAAUGACCCGACAGGAGAAGCUGCCGCCAACACGCAACAGACGCUCACCUUUUACGAGCUGGACCUCGGCUUGAAUCACGUGGUCCGCAAGUACAGCGAGGCUUUGGAAGAGCACGGAAAUUUCCUCAUCACUGUCCCUGGUGGUUCAGAUGGGCCCAGUGGAGUUCUGAUCUGCUCUGAAAACUACAUCACAUACAAGAACUUUGGAGACCAGCCUGACAUUCGCUGCCCUAUCCCGCGACGCAGGAAUGACCUGGAUGACCCAGAGCGCGGCAUGAUAUUUGUCUGCUCAGCCACCCACAAGACCAAGUCCAUGUUCUUCUUCCUGGCCCAGACUGAGCAGGGAGACAUCUUCAAGGUUACCCUGGAGACAGAUGAAGAAAUGGUCACAGAAAUCAGGCUGAAAUACUUUGACACGAUCCCGGUGGCGACAGCUAUGUGUGUCCUGAAGACUGGCUUCUUGUUUGUGUCUUCAGAGUUUGGAAACCAUUACCUUUACCAGAUUGCCCACUUGGGUGACGACGAUGAGGAGCCGGAGUUCUCCUCUGCAAUGCCGCUGGAAGAGGGAGACACCUUCUUCUUCCAGCCCCGCCCCCUCAAGAACCUCGUUCUGGUGGACGAACAGGAGAACUUAUCGCCCAUCAUGUCCUGUCAGAUUUCUGAUUUGGCCAAUGAAGAUACGCCACAGCUGUACGUGGCCUGUGGACGAGGACCCCGGUCUACUCUGAGGGUCCUUAGACACGGACUGGAGGUAUCAGAGAUGGCUGUGUCUGAGCUGCCCGGUAACCCCAACGCCGUGUGGACAGUACGCAGACAUGUGGAAGAUGAGUUUGAUGCCUACAUCAUUGUAUCUUUCGUGAACGCCACUCUGGUUCUGUCCAUCGGGGAGACUGUAGAGGAAGUGACAGAUUCUGGAUUUCUGGGAACAACUCCUACUCUCUCCUGCUCACUGCUCGGUGAAGACGCCCUGGUGCAGGUGUACCCAGAUGGUAUCCGCCACAUCCGAGCGGACAAGCGUGUGAAUGAGUGGAAGACUCCCGGCAAAAAAACCAUUGUCCGCUGCGCUGUGAACCAGCGUCAGGUUGUCAUCGCUCUCACCGGAGGGGAGCUGGUCUACUUUGAGAUGGACCCGUCCGGCCAGCUGAAUGAGUACACAGAGCGGAAGGAGAUGUCUGCAGAUGUGGUUUGCAUGAGCCUGGCUAACGUUCCACCCGGUGAGCAACGCUCGCGAUUCCUCGCCGUGGGACUGGUUGACAACACUGUACGAAUCAUCUCCCUGGACCCUUCGGACUGCCUACAGCCGUUGAGUAUGCAGGCCCUUCCAGCGCAGCCUGAGAGUCUGUGUAUUGUCGAGAUGGGAGGGAUCGAGAAACAGGAUGAGCUUGGAGAGAAGGGAACCAUCGGCUUCCUCUACCUCAACAUUGGGCUUCAGAACGGUGUGCUGCUGAGGACUGUGCUGGACCCAGUGACGGGUGACCUGUCCGAUACCAGAACACGAUACCUGGGGUCUCGACCCGUCAAGCUCUUCAGAGUCAGGAUGCAGGGACAGGAAGCUGUGUUGGCAAUGUCCAGUCGGUCCUGGCUCAGCUACUCGUACCAGUCUCGCUUCCAUCUGACCCCUCUGUCAUAUGAGACUCUGGAGUACGCCUCUGGCUUUGCAUCCGAGCAAUGCCCCGAAGGCAUAGUGGCCAUUUCCACCAACACACUGAGAAUCUUGGCUUUGGAGAAGUUAGGAGCCGUCUUCAACCAGGUGGCCUUUCCUCUGCAGUACACUCCCAGGAAAUUUGUAAUCCACCCAGAGACCAACAACCUCAUUUUGAUCGAGACGGACCACAAUGCCUACACUGAGGCAACCAAAGCUCAGAGAAAGCAACAGAUGGCUGAGGAGAUGGUGGAGGCUGCUGGUGAAGAUGAAAGAGAACUGGCUGCUGAGAUGGCUGCUGCCUUCCUCAACGAAAAUCUCCCAGAAGCUAUAUUUGGUGCACCCAAAGCUGGAGCCGGACAGUGGGCCUCACUGGUGCGUCUCGUCAACCCCAUACAGGGUUCAACCCUGGACCAGGUGCAGCUGGAACAGAACGAAGCUGCAUUUAGUGUUGCAGUGUGUCGCUUCCCCAACACAGGAGAUGAUUGGUAUGUUCUGGUGGGCGUUGCCAGAGACAUGAUUCUCAACCCCAGAUCAGUGAGCGGCGGCUUUAUCUACACCUAUCGGCUCAUCGGUGGAGGGGAGAAGCUGGAGUUUGUGCACAAGACCCCCGUAGAGGACGUCCCUCUGGCCAUUGCUCCAUUCCAGGGACGAGUCCUGGUGGGAGUUGGGAAACUGCUGAGAAUCUACGACCUGGGCAAAAAGAAGCUGCUUCGCAAGUGUGAAAACAAGCACGUUCCCAACCUGGUAUCCAGCAUCCAUACCAUCGGCCAGCGUGUGAUAGUUACUGACGUUCAGGAGAGCCUGUUCUGGGUUCGUUACAGACGCAACGAGAACCAGCUCAUCAUCUUCGCUGACGACACGUAUCCCCGCUGGGUGACCACGGCCUGUCUGCUCGACUACGACACCAUGGCCUCCGCUGACAAGUUUGGCAACAUCAGCAUUGUGCGUCUGCCCCCCAACACUAGUGAUGAUGUGGAUGAAGACCCCACAGGGAACAAGGCUUUAUGGGACAGAGGCCUCCUUAAUGGAGCAUCACAGAAGGCUGAGGUGGUAGUGAAUUACCACGUAGGAGAGACGGUGUUAUCUCUCCAGAAAACCACACUGAUCCCUGGAGGUUCAGAGUCCCUGGUCUACACCACUCUGUCCGGAGGCAUCGGCAUACUGGUCCCGUUCACCUCGCACGAGGACCAUGACUUCUUCCAGCAUUUAGAGAUGCAUAUGCGCUCUGAGUUCCCUCCACUGUGCGGCAGAGACCAUCUCAGCUUUAGAUCUUACUACUUCCCGGUCAAGAAUGUGAUUGAUGGAGAUCUGUGUGAGCAGUUUAACAGCAUGGACCCUCACAAGCAGAAGAGCGUGGCAGAAGAGCUGGACAGAACGCCACCCGAGGUCUCUAAGAAACUGGAGGACAUUCGCACUCGAUACGCGUUCUAAAUCGCACACCUUCAUACAGUACUUGCGGAUAGAGAGGCGCUCAUUAGGACCACUACACACACACACACACACACACACAAACUGGUCCACAGUACGAGCCUUUAAGGACGCAGAUUGACAGUAUGGAUUGUUAUAUGGCAGACAGACUGUGGGCGAACCCCGUAUUGUGUGGAAACAUACCACCGGACGUCACAAGCCUGCAUUUCCAGUACGUUGCUCAAUUAUAGCACCUCAUCCGAAACAAAUACCUGCAUUCAAUAACGAGAACAUCACCCACAUGACUGUCGACUGCCUUGCCGUCAUCACACCACGUACAUACUUACUGCCUCAGUUACUGAGAACUUUGUGCAAGUUUUUCACACCUCAUGUGUGCCGUUGAAUCAGUAGAAACCACGCACACACAUGCACACGCAUACACAGGCAGCCAGAUAAAGACGACAUUCGAUGGAAACAUGACAGGAAGUCUCGGCGAGUAGCCCUCUUACCUUGCGACAUUGUGUUCCCACAGUCUGCUGCGAACUCCAUUGUCACCCAAGCACAGCUGUGAUGAGUAACACACACACACACACACACACACACACACACACACACACACACACACACACACACACACAGAGCUGUGUGAACAGAAUUCACACGCACCCCGAUGGCGUGAAGAGCAACCGCGCUGUCAUCUGCACCGUCAUACUGAGCCCAAAUCAUCUGUCAUCGUCCGCGAGCGAGUGAAUACAUUUUAAUUUAAAAGCCUUUCAGCUCACGCCAAGCAGAAAAGUCACACGGACACAACUUGUUGAGAUCGAUGUCACGCUUUCUGGACAGAAGACCCCUGAAAGCUGAGAAAAUUUUUUAGUCUGUUGUUUAGCAAGUUUGUGUGUCCUCAAAAAAUUAAACAUGUUUUUGUAUGCUAUGAUUUUUUAAAUGUGUUUUCAUUAGAAUGAUCUGUUCCGAAUAUACCACGCUCCAAGAUGGUAUUAUUAAAUCUUUCUUAGCCCCCUCGCCUACCUGUGUGUUUGAUAACCUGUCGGCCCCCCCAGGCUCAUUAAAGCAUAUUGCUUACUUGCAACUGGGAACCCAACAGAAGCGGAACCUCUAACCCACUGUAAGCCUCAGGCCACGGUUUGAGAAGUGUUGCCAUACUGCGGCAUUAGACGACGGCUGAACUCAGACUAAAUAAGUGGGUGGAAGAACACUGAAGGUUUGCACUGGGUGUUGUUCUUCUCAGUCCUGUAAAUUCCCAACCUCAGCCACAGACAUAGCAUUCCUCAGUAGUCACUGAAUUUAGGGGUUUGUGGGAAUGGGGGCAGUGGUCUGUUUUUGUAAAUAAAGUUGUUGUUUUUUGUUCUUUACAAUACCGUGUGUUUGUGUGUCACUUCCUGCCACUGUGUGUGUGGAGAACCAUCACUCUAGCCAAAGGACUCAUGAGUGCAUUUGUCUCAAUCAUUAACACAUUACAGGGCCAAUAUUAAGUUUUGCGGGCCCCCCCCGGGUCAUGGCUCAGGAUAGGGACAAUAUUUAUUCUGUGUCUCACUUUAAAGUGAUGUUGCUUAAAUCUGAUUCAUUUGAUUUAGACCCUUUGAGGCAGAACAGUCAUGUUACUGUGUGCUAAUUGGCUAACACCACAUCCUCAAGUCCAUGUGUUAACUCAAGUACAGGCUCAACAGUUUAAAUGUGCUCAACCGGACAGAUGGGAAACGUUUCAGCUGCUGCAGUGAGGUUAGCUGAUAGGGGGCCAGCUGUGAUGUGUUCAUUUGAGUUGGUGUGAAACUCCCUGUACAGAAUAAAAAGGGCAGGUUUUUAGCAUUUUCUAAUAAUUAUGUUCUCAUUAAAACAUUUAGUUUUGACAGUAAUUGUGUCCUGAAGUAGAUUACAGACCGCACGUGCCUGUGUGACCUUUUAAAUGUAAGUAAACUGUACUUUUUAUAUAAUGACACCUUUUCAUCUUGGAGUUUUUAAUUAAAGGAAUAAUUCAACAUUG